CACUCGCAGCAGUCGGUUCCCCACCUCGCGGGAGGAGCCGUGGGCCCUGGGCUCUCCAAAUUCUGAGCUCUCAUCAUGGCGGCGGCGGCGGCGGCGGCUGCCGUCGGGGGGCCGCAGCCGCCCCAGCCCGAGCUGCCCGUUCCCGUGCCGGCUGUGGACAAGGCGGCCACUGCCGCGCACCUGAAGGCGGCCCUCAGCCGGCCGGACAACCGGGCUGGCGCCGAGGAGCUGCAGGCGCUGCUAGAGCGGGUGCUGAGCGCCGAGCGGCCGCUAGCCGCGGCCGCUGACGGCGAGGAGGCUGCGGCAGCGGGCGGCGGGGGCGGCCCGGGGGCGGCCGAGGAGGAAGCCCUGGAGUGGUGCAAGUGCCUUCUGGCGGGCGGCGGGGGCUACGACGAGUUCUGCGCGGCGGUCCGGGCCUACGACCCCGCGGCGCUCUGCGGCCUGGUGUGGACGGCCAACUUCGUGGCCUACCGCUGCCGGACGUGCGGCAUCUCCCCCUGCAUGUCGCUGUGCGCCGAGUGCUUCCACCAGGGCGACCACACCGGGCACGACUUCAACAUGUUCCGCAGCCAGGCCGGGGGUGCCUGCGACUGCGGGGACAGCAAUGUGAUGCGGGAGAGUGGGUUUUGCAAAAGGCAUCAAAUUAAAUCAAGUUUGAAUAUUCCCUGUGUCCCCAAAGACUUAUUGAUGAUGUCUGAAUUUGUUCUUCCAAGAUUUAUUUUUUGUCUUAUUCAGUACUUAAGAGAAGGCUAUAAUGAACCAGCAGCUGAUGUACCAUCAGAAAAAGACCUUAACAAAGUCCUUCAGCUUUUGGAACCUCAGAUUUCCUUUUUAGAAGAUCUGACCAAAAUGGGAGGAGCAAUGCGGUCUGUUCUUACUAAGGUUUUGACAAACCAGCAAAACUACAAAGAUCUGACUUCUGGUCUUGGAGAAAAUGCCUGUGCAAAGAAAAGCCACGAAAAGUACCUUGUAGCUUUGAAGAGCUCUGGACUUACAUAUCCUGAGGAUAAACUUGUAUAUGGUAUACAGGAGCCAUCUGCUGGCACUAGCACUCUGGCAGUUCAAGGUUUUGCAGGUGCACCAGGAACAUUGGGACAACUAGAUUCUUCAGAUGAGGAGGAUCAGGAUGGGAGUCAAGGUCUGGGCAAGAGAAAGAGGGUGAAACUAAGCAGUAGCACCAAAGAUCAGUCCAUAAUGGAUGUUUUGAAACAUAAAAGUUUCCUAGAAGAACUAUUGUUUUGGACUAUAAAGUAUGAAUUCCCCCAGAAGAUGGUGACUUUCUUACUCAACAUGCUUCCAGAUCAAGAGUAUAAGGUUGCUUUUACAAAAACUUUUGUACAGCAUUAUGCUUUCAUUAUGAAAACACUGAAGAAAAGUCAUGAAUCAGACACAAUGUCUAACAGAAUUGUACAUAUUAGUGUUCAGCUGUUCAGCAAUGAGGAAUUAGCCAGACAGGUAACAGAAGAAUGUCAGCUGCUGGAUAUCAUGGUUACUGUGCUACUGUACAUGAUGGAAAGUUGCCUUAUUAAAAGUGAGCUACAAGAUGAAGAAAAUAGUUUACAUGUGGUAGUAAACUGUGGAGAAGCCUUACUGAAGAAUAACACUUAUUGGCCUCUCGUCAGUGAUUUUAUUAAUAUCCUUUCUCAUCAAAGUGUGGCCAAGAGAUUUUUGGAGGACCAUGGUUUGUUAGUUACUUGGAUGAAUUUUGUAUCUUUCUUUCAAGGUAUGAACUUAAACAAGCGAGAACUAAAUGAGCAUGUGGAAUUUGAGUCUCAGACCUACUAUGCUGCCUUUGCUGCUGAACUUGAGGCCUGUGCACAGCCAAUGUGGGGGCUCUUAUCACAUUGUAAAGUUAGGGAAACUCAAGAAUAUACCCGAAAUGUUGUUAGAUAUUGCCUUGAAGCUCUUCAAGACUGGUUUGAUGCUAUUAACUUCGUAGAUGAGCCAGCACCUAACCAAGUCACUUUUCAUUUGCCACUACAUCGUUAUUAUGCUAUGUUUUUGAGUAAGGCUGUGAAAUGUCAAGAAUUAGAUCUGGAUUCUGUUUUACCAGACCAGGAAAUGUUAAUGAAGCUAAUGAUUCAUCCACUCCAAAUUCAAGCAAGUCUUGCUGAAAUCCACAGCAAUAUGUGGGUAAGAAAUGGCCUUCAAAUCAAAGGACAAGCCAUGACCUAUGUCCAAUCUCAUUUCUGUAAUUCCAUGAUUGACCCUGACAUUUACUUAUUACAGGUUUGUGCUUCUAGACUUGACCCAGAUUAUUUUAUUUCAUCUGUGUUUGAAAGAUUUAAGGUAGUGGAUUUGUUGACAAUGGCCUCACAACAUCAAAACACAGUACUCGAUGCAGAACAUGAGCGAUCGAUGUUAGAAGGCGCCCUUACAUUUCUUGUGAUUCUUCUGAGUCUUCGUUUACAUUUAGGAAUGUCUGAUGAUGAGAUUCUCAGGGCAGAGAUGGUAGCCCAGCUGUGUAUGAAUGACAGGACACAUAGUUCACUGCUGGACCUUAUUCCAGAAAAUCCAAACCCCAAAAGUGGUAUUAUCCCAGGCAGUUACAGCUUUGAAUCAGUCUUAUCAGCUGUAGCUGAUUUUAAGGCUCCUGUUUUUGAGCCUGGAGGUUCUAUGCAACAAGGCAUGUAUACUCCUAAAGCUGAAGUCUGGGAUCAGGAGUUUGACCCUGUCAUUGUCAUUCUUCGAACAGUUUACCGUAGAGAUGUGCAAUCUGCAAUGGACAGAUAUACAGCGUUUUUAAAACAUAGUGGAAAAUUCCCUGGAAAUCCCUGGCCUCCCUACAAGAAAAGGACGCCACUCCAUCCUAGCUAUAAAGGUCUUAUGAGACUUUUGCACUGUAAAACUUUACACAUUGUGCUAUUCACUCUGCUUUACAAGAUUUUGAUGGAUCAUCAAAAUCUGUCAGAACAUGUGCUCUGCAUGGUUUUAUAUCUGAUUGAAUUAGGACUUGAAAAUUCAGCAGAAGAGGAAUCAGAUGAAGAGGCACCAGUGUGUGGGCCUGAACGUUGUCAUGACAGUUGGUUUCCUGGCAGUAGCUUAGUAUCGAACAUGAGACACUUUAUAAACUAUGUCAGAGUGAGAGUUCCAGAAACUGCUCCCGAAGUGAAGAGAGACCCAUCUGCAAGUACCAGCUCUGAUAGCCUGGGUUCUUUACAAAAUUCUGGUACAGCUCAAGUUUUCAGCUUGGUAGCAGAGCGUAGAAAGAAGUUUCAGGAGAUCAUCAACCGCAGUAGUAGUGAAGCAAAUCAGGUCGUUCGUCCAAAAACUUCCAGUAAAUGGUCUGCUCCUGGUUCAGCUCCACAGUUAACUACAGCCAUUUUGGAAAUUAAAGAAAGCAUAUUGUCUUUGCUAAUUAAACUUCACCACAAACUCUCAGGAAAACAAAAUUCCUACUAUCCUCCUUGGCUUGAUGACAUAGAAAUUUUAAUCCAACCAGAAAUUCCUAAAUACAGUCAUGGCGAUGGUGUAACUGCAGUAGAAAGAAUUUUACUAAAAGCUGCAUUGCAAAGCAGAAUUAGCAAGCGCAUCAUUGAAGAGAUAUGUAGAAAAGUGAUGCCUCCUGUGCCACCCAAAAAAGUCACUGCAGCAGAGAAGAAAACACUGGACAAAGAAGAAAGGCGACAAAAGGCUAGAGAAAGGCAGCAGAAAUUGCUUGCAGAGUUUGCUUCACGACAGAAGAGCUUCAUGGAAACUGCAAUGGAUGUUGAUUCUCCGGAGAACGAUAUUCCUAUGGAGAUCACCACAGCAGAACCACAGGUUUCUGAGGCAGUAUAUGAUUGUGUUAUUUGUGGACAGAGUGGCCCCUCCUCUGAAGACCGACCUACAGGAUUGGUUGUACUUCUACAAGCAUCCUCAGUUUUGGGGCAGUGCCGUGACAACAUUGAGCCAAAAAAGCUGCCUGUCACUGAAGAGGAGCAGAUUUACCCUUGGGACACAUGUGCAGCUGUUCAUGAUGUGAGGCUUUCAUUAUUACAGCGUUAUUUUAAGGAUAGUUCUUGUCUCUUGGCAGUAUCAAUUGGCUGGGAAGGAGGUGUUUAUGUACAGACCUGUGGCCACACAUUACAUAUAGAUUGUCAUAAAUCUUACAUGGAAUCUCUACGGAAUGACCAGGUUCUCCAAGGCUUCUCAGUGGACAAAGGAGAAUUUACGUGUCCUCUCUGUAGGCAGUUUGCUAACAGUGUCCUUCCUUGUUAUCCUGGAAGCAAUGUGGAAAAUAACCUUUGGCAACGUCCUAGUAACAAAAGCAUCCAAGAUCUCAUAAAGGAAGUGGAGGAGCUGCAGGGACGGCCAGGAGCCUUCCCAUCAGAAACCAACUUAAGUAAAGAAAUGGAAUCUGUAAUGAAAGAUAUCAAAAAUACCACUCAGAAGAAAUACAGAGACUAUAGCAAGACCCCAGGCUCACCAGACAAUGAUUUUCUCUUUAUGUAUUCUGUUGCUAGAACCAAUUUGGAACUUGAAUUAAUUCAUCGAGGAGGCAAUUUGUGCUCAGGUGGUGCAAGCACAGCUGGCAAAAGGUCUUGUUUAAAUCAGCUGUUCCAUGUAUUAGCCUUGCACAUGCGGCUCUAUAGUAUUGAUUCUGAAUAUAAUCCCUGGAGAAAGCUUACACAGUUACUAGAAGACAUGAAUUCACAGCAGGGAAAUGAAGAACAACAGCCUGAGGUUCCAAUUCUUUACCAUGACGUUACAUCCCUCUUGCUCAUCCAGAUCUUAAUGAUGCCACAACCCUUACGCAAAGACCACUUCACCUGCAUUGUGAGGGUGCUUUUUAGCCUAGUGUACACACAAGCUCUUGUGGCACUUUCAGUUAAAUGCAGUGAAGAAGAUAGGUCAGCCUGGAAACACACAGGAGCUCUUAAAAAGAAUACAUGUGAUGUGGAAAAGUCUUAUGAAGUGUUAUUAAGCUUUGUGAUAAGUGAACUAUCUAAAGGAAAGUUAUACCAUGAAGAAGGAACUCAGGAGUGUAUAAUGGUUAGCCCUAUUACUUGGUCUACUGAAUCUAUGGAAAAAUACUUAGAGGACUUCUGCUUACCUUUCCUCAGAAUCACCAGCCUUCUUCAACACCACCUUUUUGGGGAAGAUUUACCUAGCUGCCAGGAAGAAGAAGAAUUUUCAGUUCUUUCUAGUUGCCUGGGACUUCUGCCAGCAUUUUACCAAACAGAACAUCCAUUCAUCAGUGCCUCCUGUCUGGAUUGGCCAGUUCCAGCAUUUGACAUUAUAUCUCAGUGGUGUUCUGAGAUAAAUUCAUUUACUGAAAGACAUACAGAACAAGGAAAGGCCUUGCUUAUCCAAGAGUCAAGAUGGAAAUUACCAUACCUACUACAGCUGCCUGAGAAUUACAACACCAUUUUUCAGUACUACCACAGAAAAACCUGUAGUGUCUGCACCAAGGUUCCUAAAGAUCCUGCUGUUUGCCUUGUUUGUGGUACUUUUGUGUGCCUGAAAGGACUUUGCUGCAAGCAACAGAGUUACUGUGAAUGUGUGUUGCAUUCUCAGAACUGUGGUGCUGGAACAGGGAUCUUCCUCUUGAUCAACGCGUCUGUGAUCAUCCUCAUCCGAGGCCACCGCUUCUGCCUCUGGGGCUCUGUGUAUCUGGAUGCUCACGGGGAGGAGGACCGGGAUCUGAGGCGGGGCAAACCUCUCUACAUUUGUAAGGAACGAUACAAAGUUCUUGAACAACAGUGGAUUUCUCAUACUUUUGAUCACAUCAAUAAAAGAUGGGGUCCACAUUACAAUGGGCUGUGACUCAUCACCCCAGCAUUGCAUUAUAUCAUUUUCAUUAAGAAUUUAUCAACAAUAAGCUUUAACUUAAUUUGGGGGAUUGAUGCUUUUGCUGAGGGGAAAAAAAAGAAAACAUACUCUAUAAAGCCUUUCCAAAAUUAGGUGCUUGGUAAUUACAUUAAUGGUAUAAUAAUUUUUUUAAGUAUCUGGAGAACAUGACAAGUAAGUUGAAUCAUUCUUUAGCAGUCCUUUUUUUGAGUCUACAAUUAAUAAGAAGCACAACUUGUUGACAAAAUCAGUUAAAAUGAUUUCUCCCUGCAAUGCAUUAUCUGCUGUUCAUUGAUACUUAGAGUGGGUGUAUGAUUUAUUUAAAGUUGUACUGCUUCUUUAUAUCUGUGUUUUAAUUUGCAUCUGCUAAACAUAGUGCAUCUUUCCCUCUACCAUUCUUGUGCUGAUUUGAGAUUUUUGUUGUAUGUAAUUAGAAAAAAUGUAAAACAUGAUUUAUGUGAAAUAUUGUAUAGUAAAAGUUGGUCUAAUAAUAGAACUUUAACAUUUUUUCUUAUUGUGAGGAAUCUGUUAAAAGUUUAAGGCUUUGCGAAAAACUUAAUUCAUUCUCAGGAAUUUCAUAAAUAUUCUCCCCAGGUAAAUAAUUGAAAUACUUGUAAAAUAAGUAGAUAGCUGCUGUUAAUAUAAUACAGUACAUUUUGUGGGACAUAAGUGUGAUGGGGGGAAUCCUUAAUAAUCAAAAUCGAGUAUUUCAAUUGGAUGAAUUUCUCAUGCUAGUAACAAAUAGAUUUUACUAUAAAAUCAAAAAUUUUAAGAGCAUACACAUGGCAAAUUUUGACUGUGUGUGCCCACCUUUUCUCACCAACUUUUUGUUUAAAUUAUUGAAUUGGAUGUGCUCAGACUCACCCACAAAUGAAGCAUAGUUUGGGGGAUUGAUGCUUUUGCUGAGGGGAAAAAAAGAAAACUUUCCUAUCACCUCAGUUGUAUUUGUGCAGUGUAAUUACUAUUUCUGAUUAGUUUCCUAAAAGGAAAGAGAAGGCUCAGUGGUGUUGACUCCCAUGAAUGAGCUAUGCAUCUGCAUUCUUAGAAGCUGCUGUGAAAAGCAAUUUAUGUUUGUAGGGUUUUUAAAUCAGUAAGAGUGGUAAUGAUUGAGUUAAAACCCACUCUAUAAGUAGAGAAGGAAGAUUAUAGAAAAGCAUGUUAUAUUACUAACAAGAUUUUUCCUCCAAAUGAUUCAGUAAUUUAUGAUUAUUUAAUAUAUAGUGCUAUCAAGCAAUUGCUGGUACUUUUGAACUUCCAUGGCUUGUUAUAUAAAAUUACAUUUUUACAUGUAAAAAUGAACUAAAAAAAAGUCUAAUGAUAAAAUAUAAAAAUAAAGUCAGGCAUAUAUUCUAAAAUUGAUUGAAUGACAUGAUGUUGCAGAAUAUGAAAAUGGAUGUUAAAUGAUGCCUUGCAUUAAAAUAGAGUAGAACAGUACAUAUUCAAAUGUGUUAAAAAAGUCAAAAGAAUUACCUAUAGCUCUACAAUAAAAUAUGUGGAAAUAGUGUGUUAUUUUUAUAUACAUUUCAAAAAUAUUAAGAUAACUUUCUGAAAGACUAGAAUGAUUCUCUUUAACUAAAUAGCUGUCCUUUCCAACACAUUGCUACUUUUUUAAAUACUGUAUCAUAAGUUCAGCCUGUCAUAUUUUUUGCAUUGGCCAUUAUGAAUACCAGACCAUUUGUAAGUGUGGUUGAAGAGCAAAAUCGAAUUUACAUCUCUAGUGAAUACUGUUACAGGAUUCAUGAACUUGAAUAAUUCUACAGUUUGAAACUCUGAUGCUAUGUAUACAUGGUAUAAUGUAUUCAAACUUUGAUUACUACAUAUUUAAAAUGGAAUGUCUUAUGGUUGUGCAUAUGGAUGUGAAGUGAAAAUAUUAGCCUUAACAUUAAAAUUUGGGUAUUUGAUAGUGUUUAUUUUGAUAUUGGUGAAUUAGUCACCAAUAAAUUUUGAAAAAGCACUUGGUUGAAAAUUGUACUUGAAUUACAUACAUGCAUGCUGCUAAACUAGAACUUCAAUUUUUCUCCCCAUAACUUUUAUAAGUCCCAUUUAUAAACCCACUUUUAAAAAUAACAGGUCCAAGUUAGAGUGAUGUGUGCAUAUUAUUUAAAAAAAUGUACUGGUGUGAUACAUUGUAUGAAUGAUCAUUUAAAUACAGUACAUUACUGUAGAAGCUAAAUCAGUCUUUAUAAUUAAGCAGAAAUUACAAAACUAGGAAUAAUCAACAUUGUAAGAUAUGUUAAUAAAAACCUGUCAUUUGGUUUGUGAAAAGUCCUUAAAA